GUUGACUAGAAUGCUGUAGUGGCGCCCUCAAUCUCGUUUUCGGGUGGUUGAAACAGAACAGUGCAGCGUCCUCACUCACUCGGGGAGUCUCGUUGUUUCAUGCUUGGCGUUCUUGGGCUCGGCGGCAUUUUCUCGCUGUUUCUCUCUCUUCUGCGCAUCUCCGAGCAGGAGAUGGGCAGCGUCGGAACUUCUCCAGAGGCUCUCGCUGUGUCGAUGGGCUGGUCAGGCCAGGAAGCGCGGCUCCCCUGGGGUCUACUGCUGGCCCUGAGAGGAUGGUCGCUGGCCACCCAUGUCGAGAUCCCCAUGUUGAAACAGAGGGUGGCAGCCAAUAGGUAUCCCUGUGUUCCUGGAGGCCAGCCGCGUAUCCACCACGCCGCUGUGGCGGCUACGCUAAUAGCCAGGACUGACCAGAGACUCCGGGCUAAUGCGCCAUUGAUGCCCAGGCAAGCUCGCGAAUAGCAUCCAGACCCAAACACGGAGUGCUUCUCGUGCCAUCGCCGCGCUCCACCGGCCACUGUGUCUCUCGUCUUAGAUGAGCUCUUGCGAGGCUUAGGCUCCUGGCUGUCUCAGAGGUGCUGGUUCAACCCGCCGUUCCCAGCCAACAGCUGCCGCCGCGCGUACGAGUGCGGAACAAGGAGAGCGGGUAGGGAGAAGAAGCUUUUCUGCCCCCGGUGGAGAGGCUGAGAGGGCCCUACGCGCAAAAUGCCGACUCUAACUUGGCCUAUUUUUGGCAUGGUGGCACGAUAUAAGGCAGGUUUCCUAUCUCCAUCUCUGUUGUCGACGCGUUUUGUUGGUGUGCUUUCUCCAUAAGGCUGCAAUUGACUUUUCAACCGUCUCGUUUCAUCAACAACCGCCUAGUAGACGGUUGGGGGUGUUCUUUGAAAGUCAAUUGAAAAAGAGCUCGAGUUCUGC